AUGAGGCUGAGGUGCAGUCCCGCUUAUUGUCGGGCGCUUGCUGACACCCUCAGCUGGCUCUUCGAGCUCCCUCCUCCAGCCGGUGCAGAGAUUCGUCUAACCGAUCGAAGGAACGCACGCUCACACGCAAAGUCGCAAAGUCCCGCCCGUUCGUACGGAAAGCGGCCAUCCCAUCCCUUUUUCGGCAACUCCAACUCGCCAUUUCGCUACACCGACGCGCCUGCCCUAGAGCGACAUAUAAACACGUCGAUUACUGACAGGUUUCACUACAGCGAUCAUCGUUCGGGUAGGACCCUGCCACUAGGGGCCAAGAUCUUGGACGAGCGCGUGGUGAUGGCUCAAGGUGACAUGAAGCCGCCAAACUUCCUCAUCGACCCUCACCCCCUGCAGGCGACCAUCAUCGAUUUUGGCGGUAUCAGCGCACUGCCGCAUUCGUUUCUACAGGGUUGUAUUGGCCAUAACCCAAGAGUUUUUGACAAGGAUGGUUUCCCGGUGCAGAAGAAGGUGACGUCUCGUUGA